CAUGCGCGCCGCCCUCGCGCCGCGUCCCAUCCCCCUCUCCCGCGCGUCCGGCGCGCGCGCGCGCACCGCGACGCCUCGCACGCGAUGCGCCGACUACCCCAAGCCCGACCUCGACGUCAAAUCCAACGCCAACUUUCAAGAAGCCAAGGCGAAGAGCGCCAGGCUCGCGACGUUUCGCGCGCGCGUGCGACGCGACGACGCCCCGGAAAAGCCCACGGUGCUCGUCAUCGGCGGCGGUCUCGCGGGCCUGAGCUGCGGUAAGUAUCUCGCCGACGCGGGGUGCGCGCCCACGGUGAUCGAACGAGGAAAGGCGCUGGGCGGCAAGGUGAGCGCGUGGCGAGACGACGACGGCGACUGGAUCGAAACUGGAUUGCACAUUUUUUUCGGCGCGUAUCCGAAUGUGAUGAAUUUGUUUCGAGAGCUCGACAUAGAGGAUCGAUUGCAGUGGAAGGAGCACGCGAUGACGUUCGCGAUGAAGGAUUAUCCCGGGGAGUUUACGAAGUUUUACUUUCCGCCGGCUUUGCCCGCGCCGCUCAAUAUGGGUUACGCGAUUUUGUCGAACGAUAAGAUGUUGACGUGGAGCGAGAAAUUGAGAACGGGCGCGCCGUUGGUGCCCAUGUUGGUCGGGGGACAGGAUUACAUCGACGCCCAGGAUGAGUUGUCGUGCGAGGAGUGGAUGAAGAAGAAUUUCAUGCCAAAGCGAGUGCGCGACGAGCUGUUCAUCGCCAUGGGCAAGGCGUUGGAUUUUAUCGACGCUGAUAAGCUCUCGAUGACGGUCAUUUUGACGGCGAUGAAUCGGUUCAUCAACGAGACGCACGGGAGCAAGACUGCGUUUUUGGACGGAAACCAACCGGAUAGGCUGUGCGCUCCCAUGGCGGAGCACAUCGAACGCGUGGGCGGCGGCAAAGUCAUCACCGACGCGCCCAUGCAAGAAAUUCUCGUCGACGCCGACGGAAAUGUGGAGGGGGUGAAGAUGCGCGACGGUCAAAUCAUGACGGCGGACCAUUACGUGUCCGCCAUGCCCGUGGACGCGUUGAAAUUAAAACUUCCCGACGUUUGGAAAGCGAUGCCGUUUUUCAGGCAGUUGAACGAGCUCGAAGGCAUCCCUGUCAUCAACGUGCACCUCUGGUUCGACCGCAAGUUGCGCCCGUACGACGGUCUUGUGUUCAGUCGCUCGCCGUUGCUCAGCGUGUACGCGGACAUGUCCGAAUGCUGCGCAGAAUAUAAGGACGACGACCGCUCCAUGCUCGAGCUCGUCUUCGCGCCGUGCGACAAACGCGCAGGCUCCGACGUGAACUGGAUCGGCGCCAGCGACGAAGACAUCGUCGCGGCGACGAUGAAAGAGCUCGAAACGCUGUUCCCAGAUGAGCUCGGCGCGGGUAAAGACGGCGCGUCGGGGGCCAAGCUUCGAAAGUUUGCAGUGGUGAAGACGCCACGCUCCGUGUACGCCGCGAUUCCGGGACGAAACAAGUUCCGUCCGAGUCAACACACGCCGAUCAAAAACUUUACCCUGGCGGGUGAUUACACGUCGCAAAAGUUUCUCGGGUCCAUGGAAGGCGCGGUGCUCUCCGGAAAACUCGCCGCCGAAGUCGUCGCCGAGACCUUCGCGGGCGUCGAGCCGACGACGCGCGUCAAGCCCGUGCACGAAUCCGUGGCGUAGUGUAUCAUAGCUAGCACUUGCUUGUU